AUGGCCGAGCUCGCGCGGCGCGUCGUCACGCACGGUGAUGGUGCCGAGUUCACGGCCACGCUGGUCACCUACACCAACUUCUCCGCGGCGGAGCACUCCUUCACCACGCUCCCGUCGUCCGUUUCCACCGCCGUGCUCCCCGAGGUGCCGCUCGUCGACCUCCCCGCCGACGCCCGCGUCGAAACCCGCAUCCUGACCGUCAUCAAGCGCGCGCUCCCGCACAUCCGCGGCCUCCUCCGCUCGCUGCUCGCCACCCCGGCCGGCGUGGCGGCGUUCGUUCCAGACGUCUUCGGCUCGUGGGCGCUCGAGGUCUCCGCGGAGCUCGGCAUCCCGGGCUACAUGUUCUACACGUCAAACCUAACGUCGAUGCACUCCAUCAUAUACAUCCCGCAGCUCGACAAGACCACCGCCUGCGAGUUCCGCGACCUGCCGGAGCCCGUCCGACUGCCAGGCUGCGUGCCGCUGCGCGGCGCCGACCUCGCCGACCCUUUGCAGGACCGCACCGACCCUGUGUACUCCCUCGUGGUCGAACUGGCCAACAAGUGUCUUCUCGCCGACGGGUUCAUCGUCAACACCUUUGACGCCAUGGAGCACGAGACCAUAGCCGCGUUCAACGUGCUAUCCGACAGAGGCGUGUACCCGCCGGCCUACGCGGUCGGUCCCUUCGUCCGUACGUGCUCAGGCGGCGGCGAAGCUCAGGCAGAAGAGCACAGAUGCCUGCGGUGGCUGGACGAGCAGCCGGACAGGUCGGUCCUGUACGUGUGCUUCGGCAGCGGCGGCACGCUGUCCACCGAGCAGAUGGCCGAGCUUGCAGCGGGGCUAGAGGCGAGCGGGCAGAGGUUCCUGUGGGUGGUGCGGUUCCCUAGCGACAAGGACCGCUGCGCGAGCUUCUUUGGCGGCGGCCAUGGCCACGGCCACGGCGGCGACAGCCCGCUAGGAUACCUGCCGGAAGGGUUCGUCGAGAGAAGCAGAGGCACCGGGCUCGCCGUGACGGAAUGGGUCCCGCAGGUGGAGAUCCUGAACCACCGGGCCAUCAGCGGGUUCCUGUCGCACUGCGGGUGGAACUCGACGCUGGAGGCCGUGGCCGCGGGCGUGCCGAUGCUGGCGUGGCCGCUGUACGCCGAGCAGAGGGUCAACGCAGUGAUGCUGUCUGAGCGGGUGGGCCUCGCGCUCGCGGUGCGGCCGAGGGACAGCCGCAAUGAAAACGAUGGGGUUGUAUCGAGGGAGGAGGUAGCGGCGGCGGUGACGGAGCUGAUCGUAGAGGCGAAGGGCGGCGCGGCGCGGGAGAAGGCGCGUGAGCUCCGGGAGGCGGCGGCAGCGGCCUGGGGGCCGGAAGGACCAUCGCGCAGUGCGUUCCAGGCCGUCGUCGGUAAGUGGAAGAAAGCUGCUAGCUAG